AUGUCUGCCGAACACCCAACCAUCAUCAACGGCAAUGGCUCCCCAGCCCCCGCACCUACAGACGCACAGCGCGCCCCCAUCUCCCGCUCCCUCACCGGCUCCCACCGACCCGAGACAAAUGGUUCUGCCUCUGGCUCUUCCAACCUGGGAACAUUUGGAGUCAAGAGUGGACUGGCACAGAUGCUCAAGGGUGGUGUGAUCAUGGACGUCAUCAACGUCGAGCAGGCCCGUAUUGCCGAAGAGGCUGGUGCUUGCGCCGUCAUGGCUCUGGAGCGAGUGCCUGCUGAUAUCCGAGUGCAGGGAGGUGUGGCUAGAAUGUCCGACCCGGCCAUGAUCAAGGAGAUCAUCGAGGCGGUCUCUAUUCCCGUCAUGGCCAAGUGCCGUAUUGGUCACUUUGUCGAGGCCCAGAUCCUGCAGUCCCUCAACGUCGACUACAUCGACGAGUCCGAGGUUUUGACCCCCGCAGAUGACGAGCACCACAUCAACAAGCAUCCCUUCAAGGCCCCCUUUGUCUGUGGUUGCCGUAACCUAGGUGAAGCCCUGCGCCGAAUCUCAGAGGGAGCAGCUAUGAUCCGUACAAAGGGAGAGGCUGGUACUGGAAACGUAGUCGAGGCCGUCAGGCACCAGAGGACCGUGGCGGCUGAGAUCCGAAGGGCAGCUGGCAUGUCGGAUGAAGAGCUCUACACCUACGCCAAGGAGAUUUCAGCACCCUUCCACCUUCUCAAGGAGACUGCCCGUCUGAAGCGUCUCCCCGUCGUCAACUUUGCCGCCGGCGGUGUGGCCACUCCCGCCGAUGCAGCUCUGAUGAUGCAGCUAGGCUCCGACGGCGUCUUUGUCGGUUCGGGCAUCUUCAAGGGUUCCAACCAGGCCGAGCGUGCCCGCGCCAUUGUCCAGGCCGUGGCCCACUACGAAGACCCGGCAAAGCUGGCAGAGGUGAGCACCAACCUUGGUGAAGCCAUGGUGGGGCUGACCAUCAGUGAUGAUAUGCCUGGUGGGAAGAUGAGCGGUAGGGGUUGGUAG